GUGGCCUCUUGCUGAGCUCCGUUUGUUUACAUCCAGGUCUCACCUGAGGUCAUAAAACACCACAGAAGAACCUCCGCCUCUCGAGAAUAUUCAAAUAAAUGUCGGUAACCGUGACAUAUGGCGGUCCUCUGAGGCAUUUUUACCCCGCACUGCUCCAGGAAUUCUGACAAAAGUGCCUGCAGGGGGUGUCGGCGGAGGCUGCGGGAGACGCUGCACCGUUCUCAGGUCCAGUCCGUCCGUCUGGGAGACAUGGCUGAGGGAAGCUCGUCCGGACACAUGCCCGGCUCCCUGAGUGUCUCCUCGCUGCCUCCACCCAGGACCAGAAUUUUCAAGAUCAUCGUGAUCGGAGACUCGGGUGUUGGCAAGACCUGCCUCACCUACCGCUUCUGUGCGGGCAAGUUCCCCGAGAAGACCGAGGCCACCAUCGGUGUGGACUUCAGGGAGAGGCUGGUCGAGAUUGACGGCGAGAAGAUUAAGAUCCAGCUGUGGGACACUGCAGGUCAGGAACGCUUCAGAAAGUCCAUGGUACAGCACUACUACCGCAACGUUCAUGCAGUCGUCUUCGUCUACGACGUCACCAACGCCGCCAGCUUCCGCAGCCUCCCCGCCUGGAUCGAGGAGUGCAAGCAGCACGCCCUGGGCGCUGAGGUUCCUCGGAUUCUAGUGGGGAACAAGUGCGACCUCCAGGACUCGAUUCAAGUCAGCACGGACGUGGCGCAGCAGUUCGCCGACGUCCACUCCAUGCCUGUGUUUGAGACGUCUGCCAAGAGCCCCAACAACCCGGGGGACAGAAGCCGUGGCGACAGCGACCACGUGGAGGCCAUCUUCAUGACGGUGGCUCACAAGCUCAAGUCACAGAAACCUCUGGUGCUGAGUCAGCCUGCUGGUGGCACCAUCAACCUGAGCAGCGGGAGUGGGGAGGCUGGAGCCAGAGAGUGGGGCUGCGGAUGCUAGAGGGGAAAAAUGGUGGCGUUGCCAGCAUAAAUGCCUAAUUCUUCUGUUGAAAUCUUGAACUCCGUCAGACAUAAAUCACCAGGGAGAAGUGACUAGAAAAAGGAGACACUGUGACAUAAGUAAAUCAUAAUCCACACUGUUUUUUCUUGGCUGCCGCUUUAAAUCAGAAAAUCACGUCUUGGGCACUUAGCUUGAUGUUGACAUAGAGACAUUUAUUUAAGUGUAGUUCCACUCUUCUUUUUUGCCACGUGCUUCUUUAAUACUGGGAGCACAGGGAGUGGUUCAUCUUGGAAGAGAAAGAAUGUUGCGUCGGUUCUGGUUGUCGAGCCUUGAUUCUGAGUCUGUAUAAAUUUGAGGCCAUUUUUAGCAGCAGUGGGAUCCAUUGUUGGGUUUUGCCUUGUCAUUCACCCUGUUAAUGUUUUAUCUCACGAAAUGACUAAGUUAUCAAAACCAAAUCAAGCCACUGUUUACGUGGCCUACGAGCAUGUGAAAUGGGUGUCGUUGGCUUGAAAUAAAAGCGUAAUUUUACGUGUACAACAGGACCAAGUCAAAGUCCAGCAGUGUUCAGUCACUUCAGCCUUUAACGUUGGGUUCGAAGUGUAGGUAGUAAACGUCAGCCAUCAUGUCCAAAAGGUGUCUCAAUGACUACUAGAAAUGUACAGUAAGUUCAAAACUGUUCACUUGAAGAAGGCCUCACUAGUCCACUAGCACGUUUGAAUCACAUCAUAACAGUGGAUUUUACUUGGUUUCAAAGCUAAAACUGUCAUCAGAGUUGCAGUCAGUCACUUGGAUUCACGCACAAACCAUAACGUGUUUCAUGUCGGCAGCCUCAGGUGGACUUCUGAGCCUGUUUAACAAACAAGUGACCUACCGGUUAAAAAAAAUAAUAAUUGGGGAUUGAUGAAGUGGAACAAUCUCAGGACCGAAUUCUCUCACAUUUGUUCUGUUUGCCUUACUUUGGUCUCUAAAGCCAUCCAACGGUUUACACCUGGAACUGUAAAAUA